GCCGAAAUAGUUCUUCAAGUAUUCGAUAUUAAACGUUCUAGUUAAAAUUUCCUCACACAUGCUUCAAUAUUGCUUUGUUUCGCAAGUAUACCGUUACCACAGUGUAGGCACUUUGAUGCGGUGACAAUAUGAGGGCUUGAGGCAACAGGCAAUUUUUAUUACGCUACUUACGUAUUAAAUAUUUCACGUUUUGCGGAAAUUUAAGUGUGUAUUAUUUUGUUUUAAGUAUGUAUAGUUUUAGUGUUACUAAACUCACGUUUUGAAUAUAAUUCAGUUAGAGAUGAUGUAAUUUAUUGUUGAGUAUGAGUAUGCCUGCUUAUUUACACUGACUUUCAUUGACAACCACGUUGAUGUUGAGUUACUACAACCAAAAAUACAUUUCUUGUGACGUGUCUUUGACAAUUGUUGUUUUUUAUCUGUUUACACAUUUACUUUUUAGUGAAAUCUUUAUAUUCUGAAUAUAUUAUUUAAUUAUUAAAAUCUGCCUUUUUAUUGGGACCAGCCCGCCACAUAUUUCCGUCUACGAUCUACAAUGAAAUCAACGAAAGCAACCGAAACACCUAAGCUUGGUACAAACCCAACAGAAACAUUUGACUACAUCAGAAUCUCUGUCGAAAUUAAUGAGAAAUAGUAAGAAGGACUUACUGUGUUACCUGAUAAGUUAUUAAAAAAUAUAGGUACUGUCAUGACACGCAACAAUGAUGUCAUUCUCAAUAAUACCAUUACUACGACUAAUGCCUACGUUACCAGGUAAGGUUAAUGCGUGAGCAACACAAAUACAUACUUAUUACUACUCUUUGUAAUGAUUUCCUCGGUGAGACGCACGACUAAACGCCUCUGUAUAGAUCUUGGUUCAAAGCCCAAUGUUUACCCUAGUCGCCCAGUACUUUAUCAGAGCGCUAUGACAGUGCACGUAUCCUCGCGACUGCAGUCACGACCUGAACCUAAUUGGAAUUUAUCGUCAUACAUGUUGUCAUCAGCAUCAUCUAUAAUGGAACUCCUUAGUGUUUUGUCGAGAAAACGUAUUUUGUCAUUUUUCUCUUGACAUAUUUCGCUUCAAUUCUAAAUUUUCCAGGUGUUAUUUGUAACAGCAAAAUAUUUUGUUAUCAUGGUAGUGUUUAUGACCUAAACAGAUUUCUCGAACGAAGACGUAAGACUAGACCAAACAUCUGCUAAUUAAACCUGAGUAUCGAGAGAUACUCUCACGCUCCAAUUGUAUCUUACUGAAACUCAAUUAGCAUUAAAAUCGAGUCACGCUAUUUAGGCACGCUAUAUCGAAUCUGUUCUACGCAAAAAAUGCCCAUAACUAUCGCUGCGUUGCUUUCCUAUCCUUAACCUUAAUAAGUCACCCGCGCAUGCGACGCAUUGUGUAGGGUGUUAGAUCGACAGUGAUACCUUACCGAUUUACGCGGUACGCCGUACGCGCGCUUAUUUGGUUUUACUUUUAGGAGAGCGUGCGCGAGCGCAACCACGCACUGCUCUUCCGUUAAGCCCGCUCAGUGCAACUACGACACUGGCCGAGAACGAACUUAGAACCUCUUGCGUACUGCGCCGAGAUCGCGCGCCGCUUCCACUGUGAACUGUGAACUUGCGGACUUUCUUGUGCCAAUUAUAUUGUGAUUGUGUUUUGUUUGGCAUUUAUACGAUAGUCCAAAGUGCCAUUCACAGUUUAUUUGAGUUUCAGAGACGUGCUUCACUGAGUGAUUCUGAAAGGUUCAACACAGAAUGCGGUUGGCCUACGCUUUUCGAGUGCGUUCUGAACACCUGACAUCACUGUAAUAUUAGCGCAUAGUUUAUACAAACACUCGCCAUGUAUUUAAGACUUACAGCCAUUUUGGCGUUCGCCGCCCAUCUAUGUAGUGUAUUAGCUGAUGGACCUGUUUACGGUGGGCAACCGAAUGUGGCCAGUUCUGCGCCCGCCGGCGGCGGCAACCUACUCACGCAAACUGUCUAUGGAUUCCUGGACUUCACCACUACAAUAGGCAACACCGUCAUGGUCUUCUCGCCUCAAUCAGCACCGCCACCAGAACCACCGAAAACCGAAAAGUCCGUCCAAGAAAAUAUCAUCGAAACGAAACCACCUCCGCCAUCAGUCACCAGUGUGAAACCUGAAGCCAUCAAACCAAGUAAAAUAUCUGAUAAAGACAAAACCAACAAGCCCGCCGCUCCUGCAGUACUAUCCAGUGCCGUGUCAGUAGUAUCUUCCCCACCGAAAAAAGAUAAUAAAGUACCUAAUGUGCCAAAAUCUGCAGCAAAGGAUCAAAAGCAAAUUAUAACGAAAGUCGAAGUAGUUGCGGGACCCUCAAAAACAAUCGAAAAUAGCUCUCAAAAACAAUCUUCACCAAAACCAAAAAAUACACAAUCUAACAAAAACAAGAAAAAUGAAGGUGUCAAAUCAGUAACGAACGUAGUAAGCAGCAAAGUUGAAGUAAAACAAAAUCCAUCAAUCAUCAGCUCUAAAGUUAACAGCGUUGUCCAAGUUAAAUCCAGCAGAGUUGAGGAAGAACCAGCAAUUUUAAUCACUAAUAAUAACAUCGGCGAGCCCGAAUAUGACUUCCUAUCUCGUCAACCUUCUGAAUUUGUAGAAGAAACUUACAAAGUCAUCAACAUACGUCCAUCGAAAGCUCCCGGUCAGAAACCAAAGCAUGGUCACAAAAAUCGUCAUCAACCGACCCCAGCCCCGGAUGAUGAUGAAGACCAUCCUCUUGGAUUAGUGACCACUCUCGGAGGCACUAUAGUCAAAGAUGGAUUGACAACUGUUCAUGAAACUAGCGUUAUCGGUACUUUCAUAUCUGGCAAGUAUGCCCAGGUGCUUAACAGCAAUUCGAAAAUACUUCCACAAGCUGGACAUCGAGGAAAGAUAUCGCCCACUCCUACUCACAGGAUAUUGAAGACUGUGGGACCGUCGAUAUCUAAAAAUACACACAGGCACCUGGAGCCUACUCCUUCCAUAAGCGACGAUGACAGCAAUUUCGCCAAAUCGACUCGCAGACAAAAUAACGGAGGAGGUUCAUUUAAAAAUCGCCACAGAACUCAACAGAACAGCAAUCCUGAACCCGAAAACCACAACAACAACCCGCCUCCUGCUCAGGGCAAGAAGUUUAAGAACAGGAAUAAUAAUUCACAACGCACUCAAAGUACUCGGUUCGGUCGGCCCGUGAAUACGCCUCAACUGGCUACCGUCUCUGUUUUCAGUGAAACAGCAUCCCCAUCGUUUUCCAAUAGGAGGAAGAGCAACCGUAACUCGGGACAUAAGACGACUGUGACGCCCUCGAGCAACAACGACAACCAGUCCAAACGUGGCUUCAAGCCCCGAGUUCAGCCCACGCCAGUUGAGCAAGUGACCCCAGCGGCAUCUACCAGUGUGUAUAAAUUUAAGUUGAACCGCGCGCCUGGUUCUGGACGCUGGCAAUACAAAACAAGCCCAAAGCCUAAAGUGACCAUUCGUAAACUUAAUGCUGAUGACGAACAACAAACAACGCCUAACCCUAAUCCGCUUCUAGAUGACACGCAAACGAAUGACAUAUCGCUUCAAGCCAGGUCUGAUAACGACUUAGAACUAUCAGGUUCACAGAGUGGUCCUGGUACUCUCCUGGAAAAUGACACCGAAGACAACUCAAUUGAGAAACCACCACCAGUCGAAACCUUAAAAGUAGAAAUUUCAACGCCCGCCGAUUUCCGAGAUGUUUACUAUGAAAUUGCUACUAUAAGGUCCCCAUACACAUUUCAGGUCGGCCGUGUCAAAAACACUCGUAUUAUUACUGUAACUUCUACGAUAGAAAAGCGUAUAGAACCCACGUUAGCAGUUAAUUCGCAAAGUUCUCUCAACGAACCGUUGACAGAAAACAUAUUAGCGACAGCAUCUCCAUACGAAAAGGAUCAUUAUUUAGAUUCAAGCAUUGUUACCUUACCUGCCAUAACCUUAUCUUCGGACAUGGAAACGCCACCGCUAGAAACCGUAACUGAAACAUUCAGCACGACUCAGAACAUGUUGAAAACACACAUUUUACCCGUCGUAAGAGAUGUGAACAUGACUUCAAGCUUAACUUUCGUUCAAACCUAUCAAGUGACCCGAUUAGUUACAGCUACGAAAACAUUGCCGCCGAUGGACUUCUUCCAAUUCAUCCCAAGUAAGACCUUAAAAGAAUUUAAUAGUCGACUCGAUGAAGCCGGAUCUGAAUUACAUUUAGAAUUAGAUUUUGGAGACAGCAAUGAAGAUGAAGAGGGCGUACCCAGACGCGUAUUCCCAGCCGAUCUUGACCUAGCCAGCAUUGGAUCUGACUUCGACCUUACUGAGGUGGACAAAUACAGAAUUCAAGAUAAUCACUUGAGACUCAAGAAGGCUCACGGUCAGAACAAAGGAAAUCACGUGACUGAAUCACCAAACCCACCCACACCAGCUUUGACUCCAGAACAAGCACAACAACUUGCACUUUUGAGACUUUUGAACCCAGCAGCUGCUGCCCAAAUUCCAGACGUAGUGACUACAUCUAAACCGAUUCUUAAGUACGAAACUAUAUACGAAUCUCACGUAAUUCCAGUCUUUGACGGCAAGACAACUAUUCAGAGCACCAUCUCGAGACCAGUAGCUACCAUAACUAAAACGGAAUACGAAAUAGGAACAAGCAGUCUUCCGGCCCUACCUCUACAAACUAUCAACCCACUUUUCCCUCAACAAUUUUCUAUUACAUCGACACCUGUCGUUGUGAACACAGAAGUAACAGCUACCAAUAGUCAAAUUUUGAAGUUAACAUUCGGUGCCAAGACGGUGUACACCACGCUGUUCACGACGCAGGUAGUGCCAACGGUGAUGACGUCAUACGUGACAUCAUCAGUGGCCGUGCAGCCGAGCGCCGCUCCCCCUGGCUACCCAGGCUACUACCCAGCGCCAUUUGCCCCCUUCCCCUACGUAGGAUAAGUUACCCAGUAAACAGUGUCGAAUCAAUGCGUGCGGACUAUAAGUUAAAUAUUGUGUUCACCAGUGUAUGUGAUGAUAACACGUAACUUUUGCACGAGAGACGGAACUUUAAACUGUGAAUGCGUUGUUGUAGUGCACGUGAUAAACUGUAUUGCGAGUAGGUGAACAGUAAACAGUGCAAAAGCAGCAGAACGUUGGGAUUUAUAGCCUUUGUGGAAACAUGAAAACUCUAAAGUUGUAUUUCUUAUAAAGUUUAGUGAGCUCGGCGCUAUGCGAUGUGUUAGCUAGUAAAAGUACGUGGAGGUAAUGUUUACCGACGUGUAAUAUAGAUAUGUUACGCAAUUCACUUUGUAUUCAGUAAUUGCUUUGUAAAUAUUUUUAUUUAUGAAUAGUACUUCUGUACAUAACUAUAGAGCUAUAGUUGUAGAUAGCUUCCUUAAAUAUAUUUUAUACUUUUGUACAUCUAUUUGCUUAGUAUAAGUGGGUUGUAUUACCUGGUACUACAUAUUAAAAUAAAUCAUAAAUAUUA